UCACUCCUCCCUGCUGUUGCCAGCCACUUGCAAGCAGAGACCCCACUGCUGCCUCCCCUGGCUGGCCUCAGGGUCCUGUGUGAGACGCACCCCUCAGCCGCCCUCCUUGAGUGCUCCUGGAUCCCACACGGGGUACCUGUUUCCUGCUCCUCCCUGGCUGGGCACUCAGCUCUGGGCUGGGGAAUUUAGCCUGACUGGUUGUCCAGGAAGAUGCUAUCUGGGUUUCCCAGGGUGACCCAGUAUCUCCCUGAGGAGUGUGCCUGUCACAGCUGCCUCCCUCCCUGCGAGCACUGGAACAGGCACAACUAGUGGGGCCUCUGCCUCUUUGGGGCCAUUGUUGCACCUGCUGCUGCCCGCCCCACUCUGCUCCUUCCUGGUACCAUCUCCUUUGCUUCCCCAAGGUCCCUGUGGGCACACAAGGCAAGGAGGCCAGAAGGAGCCAGGUGCCAGACCCCCUCCAUCCCAGUUGCCUGAGGCAUCCCCCAGCCACCGCUGUAAGAGGUGGGAGGCCAGGCAGGCCUGUGGUCACCACGGUCCAGGUGCACCACCUGAUUUACAGGCCAAGGGACUCCUCUUGGUCACCUCUCUGUGCCCCCAGCAUGGGGCUGGCCCUGCCGUGCACCCACCACCAAGGGUUUCCUCCAGAAUGAAGUCUUCAGGGCACCACCCCUCCCAGGACUGGGAAGGACCUGGUGCCUCUUGCCUGGAGUGGGGUGGGCAGGAUGGGUCCCCGAGACGGGGGUCUGCAGGACUGGGCUUUGCUCCUCCUGUAGUCCCCGGUGCUCCCGGCCCACCCCUAACGUUGCUUGUCUCUGCACAGCUCCCAGGCCACGCUCAUCUCCCUUCCCCAGCAGCCGCUGUUAGGUGCACGGUAGACAUGAUGAAGCGACGUCCUUAAAGCAGCGUCUCCCCUUCGCAGUGGGAAAUGAGCCGGCAAGCUGUGUGAGCUGGGGUGGGCGAUGCGUGGGCAGCCCCGAGGCUGCCCCAUCCCUAGGUUUUGGGGGAGAACCCCAUUCCCCUUUGGAGGCUGAGCACGGCAUGUGUGGGCACCUUGUUCAUACUCCAGAGCUUGCUUCAUCCCCAUGAGCAGCACCUGAUCUCCAGUGACAGGGGAGACUGAGGCCUGGCAGAGAGGACCUGCUGCCUUUGUGUGACUGGCCCCAGGCCUGUCAGGCCUGGCAGCCACAGCCUGGCUGGGUGGAGGUUACUGCCUUCUGCACCACUCUGGCUUCCUCCCUGUGCCUGUGAAGAGCUCCUGGAGUCUGCGUGCGUCCCGGGGCCUGCUUCCUAAUCUGUAAACAUGGGGCGUGUGUCCCAGUGGCUGUGAGCUAGCGAGGGGGCGGAGAGCAAGCCGGCUGCGCAGGUCCUGCAGCCCCAGGCCUCAUUGUUGGCCAACAGGCAGCUGGGGGCGGGCCGCCGCUGCUGAUUAAAGGCCGCCUGGAGCAGCCUAUGUGGCGACAGGUGCCCAUAAGCCCAGGAAGCCGGUCAAUGCCCGCCCCAGUUUGAGGCCUGGCUAUCCCCGUGGGAACAUCACCAUGUCCGAGGCAUCCCGGGCUGAGACCUUUGUCUUCCUGGACCUGGAAGCUACUGGGCUCCCCAGCAUGGAGCCCGAGAUUGCUGAACUGUCCCUCUUUGCUGUCCACCGCUCCUCCCUGGAGAACCUGGAGCGCGACGAAUCUGGUGCCCCAGUACUGCCCCGGGUCCUGGACAAGCUCACGCUGUGCAUGUGCCCAGAGCGCCCCUUCACCGCCAAGGCCAGCGAGAUCACUGGCCUGAGCAGCGAGGGCCUGGCGCGGUGCCGGAAGGCUGGCUUUGAUGGUGUCGUGGUGCGGAUGCUACAGGCCUUCCUGAGUCGCCAGGCAGGGCCCAUCUGCCUUGUGGCCCACAAUGGCUUUGAUUAUGAUUUCCCCCUGCUGUGUGCCGAGCUGCGGCGCCUGGGUGCCCGCCUGCCCCGGGACACUGUCUGCCUGGACACACUGCCGGCCCUGCGGGGCCUGGACCGUGCCCACAGCCACGGCACCCGGGCCCGAGGCCGCCAGGGUUACAGUCUUGGCAGCCUCUUCCACCGCUACUUCCAGGCAGAGCCAAGCGCGGCCCACUCAGCGGAGGGCGAUGUGCACACUCUGCUCCUGAUCUUCCUGCAUCGUGCCACAGAGCUGCUCGCCUGGGCGGAUGAGCAGGCCCGUGGGUGGGCCCACAUCGAGCCCAUGUACUUGCCGCCCGAUGACCCCAGCCUGGAGGCCUGAGCACCAGGGCCACCUCCUGUGCCACAGGCAGCGCCAGUCUCCACCAUUCAGCCGGCCUCUACCACCCCCGGCUCCUCCUAUCUGGGCAGCCUCAGGUCUGUGCACCUGCCAGGCCUUCCCUGGCUGCCUGACCAGCCACAGAGCCCUGGAUUCCUCUCCAGGCCCUGCUUCCAGGGCCGUGCUCUCCCGGCUAGCCUGUAUGCCCAGCAGAGUUUGCUGUUUCCCAAUAAACAUUGCCAACUGCUCA